AUGCAGAGCAUCCGUGAGCAGAUGACUGCUGCAGAGGCCACUAAAAAGGAUGAACAGAUCUAUCCGCUGCUGGAGGAUUCUGAUGAUAUCACAAUCCCUACUGAUUUGAUGACUGCCUGCUCACUGAAUCUGCCUCCACCCAAGAUUUCGCGUUCUGGUGGUGGCGAAAUGGCGAGCGUUGGGUGGAAACGAGCGUUGGGUAGUUAA